AUGCCACAUGUCAGGCUGUUGGGCAGCUUUCUCUGCCUUCUCACUUUCACCUCUGCCUGCUACUUCCAGAACUGUCCAAAGGGAGGCAAGCGUUCCCUGUCUGGCAUAGAGAUGAGACAGUGCCCCUCGUGUGGUCCUGGGAGCAAAGGACGAUGCUUUGGGCCCAGCAUCUGCUGUGGGAAUGAAAUAGGCUGCUACAUGGGCACUGCUGAGAGCCAGAAAUGCCAUGAAGAGAACCACCUGCCCUCCCCAUGCCAGGCUGCCCAGAAGCCCUGUGGGAAUAAAGGGCGCUGUGCUAUUGCUGGGAUCUGCUGUAAUCAUGAGAGCUGUACGGCAGAGCCAGCCUGCUCGGAGGACCCUGGCAGCCGGAGGAGGGCAAAGGCCAGUGAAAAGAGCAGUUGGACCCAGCUGGAUGGGCCAGCCAGUGCCUUCCUGCUACACCAAGUGCAGAUGUCAGACCAGCACAGGGGAGACCUGCAGCUUCCUAAAGAGGAAGCUAUCUAUUGAUAAUUCUUCUGAUGAGGAGCCACUCCUCUCUCCAGCAUGCCACCUCUGAUCCUCCC